AUGACCACGGAGAGUGGGGUCUCGCGCAGAGAUCUCUUGGUACAGCAACUCCUGGAAGAGCGGCGGCAACGCCUGCAGCACAAGCUCUAUGGCUCGGAUGCUCCGAAGUUCCAGGAUUAUGCGACCGUCCUGUCCCAGGAGUACAAGGAGAACGACCUUUCCGACUUGCGCUUGCAGGAAGCCAGUCCAAAGUAUACAGAUGCAGUGGACACGGAGAUCAGAGACGGUUUGCUUGCGGAUGUCCUGGCCCGUCUGCCCGCAGAGAGCGCUCCGAGUUUUGAGAACCCCAAGUCGGCCAGCCCUGACCUGGAGAGGACCGCGAGAGGUGCAGAAAGAGCCAGGCAACACCGGCCGCAGUCCGCGCCUCAGGCGCGGCCAAAGAAGGAUGAGAGAGGCGAGGUCGGAAGAGUCGGGAGCCACUCGACAGAGCGGCGCAGGCGAAGUAAUGGAGAGAGGCCUCAGCCCUUCGAGCGACGGCUCCAUUCAUGGCAAAUGCAGCACAAGGCGGCAAAGAUGAAGCAUGUCCAAGCCCGGCAGGAGAAGGAACUGCAGGAGAUGGACGAGUGUACUUUCCAGCCCUCGAUCAACACCCGCUCUGAGUACUAUGCCAGAAGGUCCCGCAGCUGCCUCGCCGAGCCCUUGCCAGAACGCUUGUUCCACGAGGCGGACAAGCGGGCCAAUUUGAGGAACAAGGCCAAGGAGCUUAUGGAGGCAGAUGCCCUGUGUUCUUACACCUUCCAGCCAAACAUCAACCCACGCAGCAAAGGAACCCACACGGUGCCCUUGUAUCUGCGGGCAGAUGAGCUACGCCAAAGACGUGAGCAGAGGGUGCGCAGCGCCCAGUUGGCCGAGGAAAGGCGUUCUGAAAACCUUUUUCAGCCAAAGAUCUCCAACCGUAGCGAGCGGAUCGUUCAGAAGAAGCGCGACGUGCUGUACAGGUGCGCUUCGCAGGGCCAAGUCGAUUGCCUGAGGCAGCUUGGACCCGUCGAGGAACGGCUUUAUGCAGAGGCGCAGGAGAAAGAGAAGCGGCGCGCUGCACUGCAGGACUUUCAUCAGGAGUCGUUGCAGUCCUUCCCCAGCGUUGAUGACACGUCGAGGAGGAUCUGCAAAGGCUCCGUGUACUUCCAGGGCCCUCAGCAGGACUUCCUUACCAGACAGCAGACCUUCGAGCUGGCAAAGCAGAAGAGACUGGAGGUUCGCACGCGUCACGCCGAAAGCGACUGUUGCUUCCAACCGACCACGGGGAACCACUUGGACUUGGGCGAGACGCCAGAAGAGCGCAUCCACCGCCUCGCGGUUCAAGACGUCGAGCGCCGCGAGCAGACUCGUGUGGAGCUGGAGCAGCUGCACCGCAAGGACUGUACCUUCAAACCGCAGAUCAAUGCCGUCUCCGAGAUGCUUGCCAGCUCUCGCAACGAGGCAUCCACUUUUUCUUCGGGUAGGCCCGAAGAGUCUGGUCCGCAUGAGCGUCUUUAUCGCUCGGCCAUGUCGAAGCAUCGGGCAGGCGAAGAUGAGUGGCUGUCCGACGAGUGCAGUUUCCGUCCACAGCUGGAUCCACGGAGCUCGAAACGCUUUUCGCACAUCAAAUCUCGCUACGCAAAUAGGUCUGAUCUUUUGGAGAGCAUCCGGCAGGAGCAGGAGAAGAAGGCCGAGUACCUGCUUGAGAGGCGCCGGGAGCUGGAAGAGGAGAAAGCCGCCAACUGCACGUUUGCUCCGCGCGUGAAGGAGGUCUUUCAGGACAGCCAGAAGCCCAUUGCGGUCAGUGGUUUGGAUCGCUUCUUCGAGCUCAAGAGUUUAGCCCUCAAGAAGCAGCAGGAGAAGCUGGAGCGCGAACAGCGCGUGUUCCGUCCUGAGAGCGUUGCCGUGCACGAAGGUGUAACUGUCCCUGAGCCCUUCCAACUCUCAGAGGGCCCCAGCAAAGAGUUCCGCCGGCCUCCGCUGGAUGAGGACUGCACCUUCACACCGCAGACCAAUGAGACUCACAACCGGGAAAUGAUCAGACAGAUCAUGGGCGCGGUGAAGGUACACUAA